CGGGAGGAAAGACAUGUGGGAGUCUGUGGAAAGAACAGACCUUAGUUCGCACCCAGAAUCCUUCCAACAAUUGCAGUCUUGAAUUGUCCUAUUUUGAUUAAGAAGACUGCAUAUUCGUGUGUGACAGUCUAUACUUUUGACUUCCAGAUACAUCUCAGUCUCUCAGAAUUGCGGAUAAAUGUAUGAUAUGCCAGUUAAAGAGUCCUCUUUGCAUAGGGCCACACCAUUUUUCCUUCUAUAUAAUUCAGCCUGAAAAGCCAAUAGCGGUAAUUCACAACCCCGAGUAGCCCUCCCAUGAAAGGUGAUCUUGGUUUCUAAGUUGGUAUAGCAUCUUUCGGCUGAUGAUUUUGUACGUAACUUCUCGGCAAACUCAACGAAGAUCUAGCUCGAACUGACACGUUGACAUGACCACGCCUUCAUCUCAGUCAGUCACCAUUGUCUCAAGAUGUCCAGUGCCGGCAUGAAUGUCAAUCAGCCAGUCUUAUCGUUUGACGUCCUAAGCGGCAUUUUGGCAUUUUCGUGCUCACGGAAUGACCUCCUUGCAAUGAUGCAGGUCUGUCAUACCCUGUAUCGCGCCGGAAUUCGGAUCCUAUUGGCAGAAGGUGUAGAUCACUUCUCCUCUUCUACGCAACUUGCGUCGUUUUGUCUCUUCAUGACGGUUGACCUCCCGUCUCGCUGCUCAAUGAUUCGCAAACUACAUAUCCACGCGGGCAGUCUCUGGGAGGACGAAUUCGUUCCGAGUCGCGAAGAUGUACAGACAUUCGCGUCUAUCCUACGACAUGCGACUCGGCUGAACGAAUUAACUCUGUUUGGCGGCGAGCAACUCGUCGAGAAAGCACCAGAGGUUGCUGCCGCUAUAUCCUCCCUUGCAAGUCUUCGAGUUUUAACCGUGGGGUCCGAAGAUGAUUCUGAGUGUGAAGGAAUAAUCAGCGCCUUGGAAAACAUGCAAUCGCCUAUCAAAUCACUGACCGUAUGCCUCGAUCCAAAUGGCAGCGACUGUGGCCCAGUUCCGUUCAUACGAGCGCUUCAAGCUAAUCUCGAAACCCUCACGAUCAAUUGGGCUUUAUGGAUGUCAGAGAGGCUGGCUUCAGAGACUAUCCUGUGUCCUGAGGUCAAAUCUAUCUCCAUAUAUGAUUGGGAACAAGAGGAUAUCAACAUCGGAACGUUGAUGAAGACCUUCCCAAACCUCCGCUCUUUGACCAUUGAUUCGGAGGUAGGUGAAGGGCACGAUUCAUAUCACCCACUGGACGGGGAUGAUGAUCGUCACCGAAUGAAUCUACAAAAGGAUCAGUCACAGGGCUGGCCUUUUCUCAAAGCCGUUUGCGGGGGCAUUUGCUCACUUUAUUCACUCGGCCUAGCCCGUCCAGUCAACCAUCUCACGUUGUCGGCGAUGGGUUUGAGUCCACACUACGUCGACUAUUUAUCCGACAUCAUCUUGAACUGCAAGCCAAAACGUGUUACCAUACCCAUUCCGGAAGCAGAGCUGGAGCGGGCCUCGCGAUCUUUUCGCGACCGGUCAAUCGACAAUGCGUCAUUUCUGUCGUACCUGGACCUAUUGAUCAAAGUGGAUAAAGCCUUGUCUUCGGACCAGAUAGAGCAAAUGUUGGACCAUAUCGCUCUUGUCAUUCAUCCCUUCAGCCCUGAAGAGGUCACCAUACGAUUGCAGACACAGAAUGGCGCGGCCAGUUUGGCGACUAGGUCGUACUUUGCAAGCGAGGAGCAGCAGACUGUCAUUCAAAAGAUCGGACAGAAAUGCGUUGCGCCUUGCAAAGUUGCAUUGUCGAUAACGUCGGAUUUUAAAGGACCUGGAAGCGGCGAACCAUCGUUUCAAAUUGCAGAGGUUGCAGGUCCUCAUGUAGCUUGAGAUGUUCGAAGGAGAUAUUACAUUGUCAGAAGUUUGCCUUUCACCCGUUCAGGCAUGGUUUUAUUGGAGGGGAGAGUAUAUGACCCACACAAUUUCCGAGUCAUUUGGUAGAUUCGCAUUUCUGAGCCAGUUGCGUAACUUCAUUUCCUGAUGCAUACCGUCACUACAAAGAUUCCGCUAGCGGGCAAGUGGAAUGUAAAGUUGGCUUGUGUUGACAUAAAACAGGAGGGUGUUAGGAUAAUCUGAAGACAUAGCCUACUAUUCAUC